AUGGCGGACGUCCUCAAGAGCCUCAACCUCCUGGAGACGCUGAAAGAAUCCGUGGACACCAACAAACUUUCGGAUGUCAAGGAUGCAAUUGAAGACCUCCUCAUCAGCAGAAUAAACAUUGGGAUUGUCGGCGAACGGAGCCUGGAGAAAACCACCUUUCUCAACUCCUUACGAGGCCUUGGAGUCGGUGAUGAAGGUUCUGCUGUGUACCCUGCUGCUGCUGCUGAGGGAGUGGUUGGAUAUCCGGACCCCAAACACUCAGAUUUCCGCCUAUGGGACCUUCCCCCUGUUCCCACCACCUCCCCUUUUGACCCAGAACCAUAUAUGGACAAGUACAAGUUUGCUCGCUACAACGCCGUAUUCAUGACGUUCACGGAAGUCCCUCAGACCAAUACUGUCACAAUCUUUUUGGGAGCUCGCUCACUUCAAAACAAAACCGUUUACUUUGUACUUUUGGUUUCUGGCCAGAGCAAGACGCUGGAGGAUAAACGAAAAGCAGGUUUGGAAAUAUUAACCUCUCAUGGCGUAGCGGUACCUAAACUCUACAUCGUCAAUCCGUCUUACUUGGAAAAACUGGACUUCCCUGUUCUUUUGCAAGACAUGGGACAAGAACUCCCAGAGAUCCGUGCUCAUGCGUUAAUAUUAGCUUUGCCAAUACUUACACCAGCUUUAGUAACGCAGAAAAAAGAAGCGUUUAAAGCGCUAGUCUGGGCUGCGGCGUCUCUAUCUGGAGGAAUCUCGACUCUUCCAGUUCCUUUUGUAGCUUCCAUGGUGGACUCCAGCAUUGGCGUACGGAUUCUAAGCAAAGCGCAGAUCUCAAUGUGCCUGGAUAACAAAUCUCUGGAAAGACUCGCAAAAUUACGAGGCCUGGACCAAUGUAGACUGAAAGCAUCGCGGACUUGUGUUCUGUCGGUGGAAGUCUCAAAAGGCGAGGUGAAGACUCGUCUGGCGGCCGCUGAGAGGGACUUGUCCACGGCUUCAUCGAGGAUGGUGGAGAUGGCGAUGCCCAGACAGGCGCGCUCUGCUAGCAAGUCCUUCACCGCCAUGCUCCAGGCUUUGAACACGGCGAUAGACGAGAUGGCGGCGGACGCAGACAAGAUCGUGCAGCUGCUUCUGACGGAGGGACAGUGA